AACUCUUUCCUUGUUUGUUUGUCAUAGCUUUUUUUAAAGUUGGCUUCUUUUUUCACAUGGUUUGAAUUCAAAAAUUUUGACUCAGAACUCGAGAUAUCAUAAAGGAUCUCAUCUUGUCAAAGCAUCUAUCAUCUGCAGCACCAACAAAUUUGGAUUUUGAAUUUCUUUUAAAAGACAGAACCUACACCAAUGAAAUUUUGGAAGAAUCUUCAACUAUUUAUUUAUCUAUUUUGUUGAAGAAUCUCAAAAUUUCUAAGAUUGUCAUAUUAGAUAAUGAUGCAAUGAAGCAGAAGUAUUGAAGUAUUGGGUGUGCUACAAGUUUAUACAUUUUGAUCAAAUAGAUAUUUAUAUUUGCUUAAUUAUAUUAUUUUUAUGUAAAUUUUUUGCAAAUGACUGAGUUUUUAGCUAGCUUUAGCCACGCCUUUGGAGAACAGCAAGUUGAAAACAGGAGCAGCUUUAAAGUCUUUGACAGCACACCCUUGUAGACAUCCCUGAGAAAUACACAAUACCGAAGGAACGAAUUUUUGUAGAGUAUUUGUUACAUUAAUUAUAUUAAAGAGACUCCAAACAUCAUUUAGUGAAACAAUUGUUGUUUAUAUAUGUUUGUAUAUAAAUUUGUAUAAAGAUAAAUUGUAACAAUGUGUUGUGUUUAUAUGUAAGACUGAAAGAAGACCAGAAACAAUUUAAGGUUUAGGAGAAUGUGUUAAGGACCCUGCUUAAAAAUCCUCUGAAGCUAGAAAACGAGAUUGGAAAAUAAGAUCUUGGAGAUUCUUUCUGGAGUCGAACCAAAUUAGUGAAAUCUAGGAGCAAAAGAGAGAGAAAAAUAACAAAACAAGAAAAAAAAAAAAGGGGAUAAGCAUCAAAUUAUUUAAUUACCAUGGCAACUACAUCUGCACUGAUGCUCUUUGCUGUUGGAAUAUUUAUGGUUGGUUGGAAUGGACCCACAAAUAUAGCAGGUGCAGCUGAUUGCAACAUUACCAACGGAGACUGUGUCACGGAUGCGCCCCAGAAAAAAGAGGCCUGCUUCAAGGCGUGCAGUAGAAUUCCAGAGGGAUGCAAAAAAAAUGUCGACAGGUUUGGCAAACAGCAGAAGUACCAGUGCCAUUGCAAGGAACUGAAGGAAUGUGAUUUUGCUAACGAUGGCACGUGUGCAGGAGAGUGCUUGGAGGGCUACAGCGGACCAAACUGUCAGCAACGAUUAUACCACAAGUUCAUAGAAAAAGGAAACCCAACUCAUGGCCAUUUGUUUAGUGCUGAUAACAAAAACUGUGCUGAUCUCCCACUAAAAGUGGAUUUCUAUAAUCUCUACCGAAUCAACACAAUAAUAUUGAUCAUAGAGGAUUUGAAUAAUGAAAUUAUUGUGACAACAGGACAAGAUGACAAACUGUCCUGCGUUCUCAUAUCAGACACCACACUGAAAUGCCAAGGUGACAUCUUUACGGACUCACUCAACAUUCAAGGAACUGGAAUGUGCGUUCGGAAUAUAGAGCUCCUGGGCUGUCCUCCAGAACUCUACGGUGAGAACUGCUUACAAAAGUGUAACUGCAUUAAUGGAUCGACAUGCCACCAGCUGACAGGAGCAUGCCAGGGUGGUUGUGAAACAGGGUGGCAUGGUGAUGACUGCCAGUCUCCAAAUUAUGAGAAUGUUGCUAAAGGAAAGUUCGCCAUCAUAAGUAAAGUGGAUUCCCAUGCAGACACAGUCUUCAGUGAUGGAGUCUGUGAGGAAAAGUCUGUCGCAAGGUUUGCUAAUCUGAGUAUUGAUGGCAUCUAUGACUCAUCUGAACAACAUGCUGCCUGUGCUUCAUCAAGAUGGAUGAAGCGACCUUUCUGGUACGUGGUCUUGGAUCAAAGAUAUCCCAUCAAUCAAAUACGGAUAUACAACACUGGCACCUACAGAAGUCGAUUGAAAGGUUUUGUGGUACUGGUUGACCCCAGCGUUUGCCUUGAAAGCAAAAACAACGAACAUUUACAAGAUGUCAUCGAUAUUAAAUGUGAAAAGAUAAGAUACGCUAUCCGAGUCAUAGUUCUUCUGCCGGUUGACUGGGGACAACUAACCUUGUGUGAAGUUGAAGUUCUGCAAUGCCUACCUGGAUUCUAUGGUGUCCGUUGUAAAGAAUUCUGUGACUUGUGCUAUGAAAACAGAUGCAACCAGUUCUCAGGUGACUGCACUGAUGGUUGUGUGAGUGGUUACACCUGGAAUGAGACUAUUUCCUUGUGUGAAGAAUGUAAAAGCGGAACAUUUGGUCAGAACUGUUCUCGGCAGUGUAAUUGUAUCGACAACACAGAGUGUCACCAUAUCACUGGGGUAUGUCCAGCUGGAUGUCCUGACGGGUACGAGUUACCUGAUUGUCAGAAGGAAACUGCUCCAUUAGACAUAACUCUCAUUAUUACUCUGACUGUAUUAGGUGUGUUGUUGCUGGUUUGUGUGGUCAUCAUUUGCUGUUGGUGUUACAAGAGAGGGAAAACACGUGAAGAAAAAUCAGAAUUGACGUCCUCAAGUUAUGUAAAGACGAAUGAGCGUGAUGAACAUAAAAAGAGCAGCUUUCAGGAGGAGAAGACAACAGCAGCAGCAAACGAAACCCAAUAGAGUUCAGGGGCCCCUUUCCAAGACAAAUCUUCCUGAAGAUGCAUCAUUCAUUAAUGUGUGCAGCAAUUAAUUAAUUUGACCUUUCACAACAUUUGAGAAAGAACUUUUGCCAUUAUUUCAACACCAUUUCAACCAAAUAUUGACCCCAGUCUGCCAACACAUUGAAACAAUGUUACUUAACGGAGGAGAAUUCAUUAAAAACCCUUGAAAUUUUCAGAAA